AUGUAUCUCCUCACUAGCUUCUUCGCACUCUUCCUCGCAGCGCUCGCCAGCUUCACCUCCGGCGCUAGCGUCCAGAAGCGGUUGACUUCGUCUCUCCAGCAGAUCACCUCCGGUUUCACCAACCCUACGAACGUCGGUUUCUACGUCUACAAGCCCACGACCGUCACUACGAAUCCUGCUCUCAUCGUCGCCCUUCACGAGUGUACGGUCACCGGUCCCGGCUACUUCUCCGGUUCACCUUACGCCCAACUCGCAGAUCAGUACGGUUUCAUUGUCAUCUACCCCAGCUCUCCUCACUCCGGCACAUGCUGGGACGUCUCCUCGAAGGCUACCCUCACCCACAACGGGGGAGGAGACUCCAACUCGAUCGCGAACAUGGUCACGUAUGCCAUUAGCACCUGGAAUGUCGACUCGACUCGCGUCUUCGUUACUGGCUCUUCCUCUGGUGCUAUGAUGACCAACGUCAUGGCAGCUACCUAUCCAGAGAUGUUCGCCGCCGGAACCGUGUACUCCGGCGUCGCCGCUGGUUGCUUCGUUUCUUCCACCGGAGGUGUCGAUGCCUGGAACUCGUCAUGUGCUGAGGGACAGGUAGACGAGAGCGCUCAACAAUGGGCCAACACUGUCUUUGCGAUGUAUCCUGGCUACACGGGUUCGUACCCCAAGAUGCAAGAAUACCACGGCACGGCGGACACGACUCUCUUCCCUCCCAACCUCAACGAGGAAGUUAAGGAGUGGUGCGGCGUCUUCGGCUACUCGGCGACUGCUCCCACGACAGUUCAAGACAACACGCCCCUUCCCGGCUACACCAAGUCUGUCUACGGCCCCAACUUGCAGGGUAUCCUCGCACAGGGUGUCGGACACACCGUGCCCAUUCAAGGUGACCAAGACAUGGAGUGGUUCGGAAUCACUGGUGGCGGUGCGAGCGUUCCUGCUGGUCCGACUUCGACUGUUCCCACUUCCACGAGUACCGCCAGUGCUCCAGGACAGACUUUGUACGGGCAAUGCGGCGGCAUCGGCUGGGCUGGUCCCACGAGCUGUGCAUCAGGCUCAUGCAAGGCCUCGAACAGCUACUACAGCCAGUGCUUGCCUUGA